GAUAAGUGACCGCCGGACCGCACGCACGCACGUAUCUCUCGCUGUUUAUAUACGAUUUUUUGUCGAUAUUUUAGUAAAACAAUGGCGCGGCACUAUUGUAUUGGAUUCGUGAUCCUGUUCGCAUUCUUCCUUCAAGACGUUGCGUCUCGACCGUCGAAUAAUGAGUUGAUAAACCCAUUUAUUUCUGAAAAAUCGACAGAAUCAUUGGAACUGAGAAAUAAUGUUGAUAAAGAAGAUAAAUCUUUAUCGUAUAAUAUGCAAGAAGGUGAAGAAAGUGACACCAAAGAUAUUUUAGACAAAAUUAAAAUUGUAAACGCAGGUUUAAAGAAACCAAACAGAAGACAACAAAUUAAUGUUAAUGGCGGUGACCCACAAAUUGAAGGAUACGUUCUCGAUAAAGAUAUUUUAGAGAAAUUGCAACAAAUCAUAGCAUCGGGUAAACUAAAGCCUUUAACUGAAGUUCAAAAAUAUCAAGAGAAUAACUUAAUAAAUAAUGAAGAUACACAAAGAAAUUCCUAUUCUAAAAGUUUACCAUAUCUGUCUAAAUCUAUGAGCAAUAAUCAAGUUAUACCAGCUUUACCGAUUCCUUAUAUAACCAAUAUUCCUGUUCUGGUAAUGCCUUCCUUAAACAAUAUUUAUAAUGCACAUGGCAGUGUCAUACCUACUGACUUAAAUAGUCAAUACCAAACAAGACAGCAAUCGCCAUUUCCAUUUCAAUGGCCUCUAGCCCCAUACUUCCCAAUUUUAAUUAAAGAUCCGCUUUUGAACGUACUUCAAGGCGGAGGAUGGAACAAUCUCUUUGAAUAUGGUCAAAAUGCUGAUAUUUGUAAUAGGAAACAAAAAUCUACAGAAGAUAAAGAAGACGAAGAAUCAUUUACAAAUGACAUUAAUACCGAAACUAAUAAGAAUUAUCUGGAUCAAUUAAGUUCCAAUUUAAGACAAGGAAGAGCAAUAAAAAAACGUACUGUGAAUACUGCAACACAGUCGAAAAUUGAUGAAAAUUUAAACACAUUAAAAAAAGUCAAGAAAUUUUUCUCACAAAAGCCAUCAACAAACACCCAGAAACCCGUGAAACAACAAGAACAAUCUAUUGUGGACGAGCCGUCUCAAGGAACAAAAACGAAUAAUUUCUUAGAUGAUGGUGACUUGCGUUUCGGACAGUUUUCCUGGUUCGGAGAUAAAAAACCUAUUGCACCUAGUCCAGGCUUUUUUAUAAAUCGAUUAAAAGUCAGAAGAGGUGGUGUAGCAAUUGCUGGUCCUGGUGGAGUAGCGACAGCUGGAAGAGGAGGGGCUGCUAUUGUGGGUCCUGGUGGGCUUGCCUACACCCAACCUGGAGGGCUCGCUGUCGCCGGUCCAGCAGCACGUGUUGUCGCCUUAUCGCCCGACGCUAACUUUUCAUCAAUAAUUUCUAGACUUCAAGAAGUGUCAUCAAAUAAUGAUCAAAGGGAAAACCAGAUUCAUGGAUUCAGUAAAAGAUCUGACGACUACCAAUACAACGGUUCCAAAUUUGUGAAGAGCCCUUUGAAAGCUCAAGAUUCAAAAUUAACAUUGAUUGUGAAGCCUAUAGCACGAGCUAUAGGUGGUGUUAAGGGGAUCGCUAUAGCUAACCCUAUCUCAAAAGUUGUAAUUGCUCAAAAUAAACUGGGCAGUAUAAUACAUGCUCCGAUUGCAACUGCCAUCGCUGGACCUGGUGGCAUAGCUCAUGCUCAAUCUGAUUUGGAAUCAGUUCAAUAUCUACCAUUCUACGGUGGAGCAAAAGGACAGUAUUUAGAAAUAAAGAGAGACACAUCCGGACGGAUCAUAAGUGAAAGUAUAGUAUCAGAAGAUAAAAUAAGUACAGAUAGUAUAGUUAAAAAUAAUGAUGAAACUCUGGUUUCAAAAGUGCUGGCAGCUAAUUUACAAAAUCUGAAGAUGCUAUCCGCAAGUGUUAUGAAACUUCAUAAUCUUGGGCGCAGAACCGGAUCAUUGGGGAGAAGUGAUAAAGAGAGAUUCAAGACUCAACUAGAGAAGCUUGCAGAGGCAGCUUCAAAUACCAUCAAACUGAUAGAUGAAGUUGGUGAUAAUAUUGAUAUGCUAUUCAAAAGUAAUGCUACGCAAAGACGUGUUGAAUAUGAUGAGGAUGAUGUGGGCGAGGAAGGCGUUGGAAUCGAUGCACCUACAGACAAUGAUCCUGAGGAAAUUCUUGGAGGAGCCACAAUUGCUGAAGCUAAACCAGUCGGUCUGGCCAUCAUCGGUGAGAAUGGGUUGGCAGCUUCCAGACCUAUCGGUACAGCGGUGGCGGCCUCUGGCGUCGCUCUAGCGAGACCGAUCGCUACCGCGGUCGCCGGCCUCGACCCUACAAUGUUAGGCAUAAACUUCCAGAUAAAUCACUCCAAAAACUAAUGUUAAUGUAACUACUAUUAGGAAAAUGUAUGUAUCUUAAUUAUAUUUUAACCUGUCCACGUCAUAAUUAUCGCCAUGAACCAUAACCUUCCCACUGCUGUGUACCACACCUCUUGUUAGGAGACGAACUGAGAAUAUUAAAACACGCACCAUCCUGGUUUCGCAUGGUUUCAUUGAAAAUAAAAUACAGCUUAUUUUACACAUUGAUAAUGUACCUAUAUAGGUGAAUGAAUUUUUUAAAUCCAUUUAUUACUUCUUUUUUUUUUAGCUUAUUCAUUACAAACAAAAAAUCCUGUCAUCAUCAUCGGGUCUUCUUGCCCGCCUUUUGUAGUGUAGGCGGGUGAGGUAGGGGUCUCGGGGUAAACCCCUCUACCCCGGCUGCAUCUCCGGAGGCAACUACCUCCGGGUCGCUGGGUUCUUGAGCCGGCAUACACUGAUGGUCUGUGUAUGCCGGAAAAAAUCCUGUUUAACAAUAUUAGUUUAGACUUCCACUGUGCUAACUAGGAAACUUGGUAAUGCUUUAAUUCCAAGUUAGCCAUCUUUAACAGUACUGCAUUUUAUUUUAUUUUCAAAAAUUCUCUGCGAAUUCAAAGGAAUGGCGACAUUGUGUCUUAAACCCAAUGCUACAGAGUUCAACGUCAUUUGACUUUAUAUAUAAUAGAUAAUUAUUGAAUAAGUAGACUGUAGAGUGUUAGCAAGAUAUGUUAUUAGAACUCAUCUCAUAGAUGGCAGUAGUAUUGGCACUCAAAAGUUCAUUUGGAAAUAUAAAUGCAAUAUUUAGCUUUGACAUCGAUUCUUAGGCACCAUAUCUCUAAAUUAAUAAUUGUCAUUCUUCAUUUAUGUAUUUAAAUUUUUAUAGCUUAGCUAAUUUCUUUAUAUUUAUUGUCAACAUUGUGCAUUAAUUUAUCAACAAUUUUGGUUAAAUAUAAAAUAAGUUGGAUAAAAAAUAGGGUAUAAAAGAUAUAUUUUUAUACUUUUAUACAAAUUAAUGAAGUCACCUAUAAAUUAACUUUAUUACUUAUUAAUAAUAAUUUGAAUGAAAAUUAUUUGAUAAAUUUAUAUAAUAAAAUAAACAUUCCAUUAUAACUUAGUGAAAUUAUUAAUGUAAAAAUUAUUUAUUAACAAAUUUAUAAUUAUUAUCUAAAUUUAAUAAAUAUUUAUGAUAACAUGUACGAAUAAAAAAAAGAGUAGAAAUGUAAAUAUAACUGUCUACAAAAUUACCAUUUGUAUGUGAUAAAAUUGUCUACAAAAGACAUAAAAUAUUU